AACCCUAGCCUAAUUCCAAGAAACCAAUAAGAGGCGUUACUCUCCGCCGCGCCUGAUUUGUUUCUGUUCGAGCAAAACAGAGCGGACAAGGCGGCGGGACAAGGAACGAUGGUUUCGCUUAAGCUCCAGAAGCGGCUCGCGGCGAGCGUGCUUAGCUGCGGCAAGGGAAAGGUCUGGCUAGAUCCCAAUGAGGUCAGCGAGAUAUCCAUGGCCAACUCUCGGCAAAACAUUAGAAAGUUGGUUAAAGAUGGUUUUAUCAUAAAAAAACCCAUGAAGAUUCACUCUCGAUCCCGUGCACGGCGCAUGGCAGAAGCCAAGAGGAAGGGGCGUCACUCCGGAUAUGGUAAGCGCAAGGGUACUCGGGAAGCUAGGCUUCCUACGAAGGUUUUGUGGAUGAGGAGGAUGAGGGUUUUGAGGCGUUUGCUUAGAAAGUAUCGCGAGGCCAAGAAAAUUGACAAACACAUGUACCAUGAUAUGUACAUGAAGGUAAAAGGUAAUGUCUUUAAGAACAAGAGAGUCUUGAUGGAGAGUAUUCACAAGUCUAAGGCUGAAAAGGCAAGAGAAAAGACCUUGUCUGACCAAUUUGAGGCCAAGAGGGCAAAGAGCAAAGCAAGUAGGGAGAGGAAGAUUGCCAGAAGAGAAGAACGGCUUGCUCAGGGCCCUGGAGAGAAAGUAAAAGCACCAGCUCCAGCUCCAGCACCAUCGCAACCCGCCGAGUCUGCUCCCAAAAAGACCAAGAAGUAAAGGUUAGUUAUUCUCAAGCGAUCAUCUUUAAACCUGGAAUUUGAUAUUUUAAAUCUAGACUCUGAAACUUUGUGAUCAGCUAUGUCAUGUUUUUGUCCAAACUUCUAAACGAAACAUGAGAGAGCGUGUCUGCAUAUCUCUUUUACUGUCGAAUUUGAUGUUUUAUUGGUUCCCGUAUGUGUAAAACUUAAUUCUUGUUCGUUUUUAUUUGCUCUUCCUUAGAUUGUUACUCUUUGUUGGCUGUCACAGUGAUAUUUGGCUUGUAGCCAUGGGAGAA